AUUACUCCACUGCUGACAGCUCACGUGUCAACAAUUUUCUAUGUGGAAAAUUGCAGUAUUUCCUCUAUUAAUAAGGUGCAGACCAGGGGCAGACUGACAACUCAUGGGGCCCCCAGGCAAUAGGGUAUCAUGGGGCCCCAAUGUCCUUGCCCACACUCAAAGCACACCCAAAAAAGACUAUAUAAAGGUACCAGGGGCAUUUCAUGGGGCCCCCUACUGACCCCGGGCCCUCAGGCAGUGCCCGAGUGCUCGAAUGGUCAGUCCGCCCCUGGUGCAGAC